AUUGCAUUCAUGGAAUCCAAGGAUUCAUCAUCAUCAAUCCCCGGGGAUUCCCUUUUGCAACCUUUGACCUCAGAAGAUGCACCAAUCAGGAACCCUUCUCCUCCACCGGAGGACAUCCUAACGGGAGAAGAUAAGACCUUACUGGAGGCCGACACCAUUCAAAACACCACGUUUAGCAAGCAUUGGGUGUUUUCAAUCCUUAUGAAAUUACUGCAGCAAGUUGAGAAAGAGCAGCAUUCACAGACAGAAGCUGAUGCUGCCGAAUUGCAUGAUGGGAUUGAUAUUGACGAAGAGCUGGAGAAUGAACUGUGUCGUUUGUGGGAUAUGACUGCGAAUGUGGAAGUGGCCAAAUUCUUACAAGAGUGGAAGUCUCCAGACAUUUUCCUUAGCGUCAUUUCUAAGACAAACGCUCCAAGAAUAACAGAGAUAUGCAUGGGUGUCCUUGGAAACAUGGCCUGCAGUUCUGAAAUAAGGAGAGAAUUUAGCAAGAAUCAGCAACUUAUUGACCUUGGCUUUAGCCUGCUGAGUGGUAGCGAUGCUCCCACGAUGGUUGAAGCCUCUCGUCUCAUCUAUACAUGCCUCAACGAUGAGGAGAGCGCCCCCAGGUGGCUGGAAACGGUGAAGAAGGAUGGGGAUGUUCUCAAGAGCAUCACAUUUAUCCUACAAAGCUCAACAAACAGUGAUUUGAUCCACAAUGUAGCUGAUCUACUGGACCAGCUAUUGGACCUUGAUGAUGGUCUUCUACAAGCGUGGUCUGGUCCUGUCCUCAUUCAAGCCAUUACCGAAGCUCUAAACCAAAUCAGCGGCGAUCAUGCGAACACCCUUUCUCUUCUUCAUCAUUCUCUCCAAGUUAUCUCUACCACUGACUCAGGAAUAAAUGCACUCGUGGAGUUAAGUGAGAAAGUCCAUCCUUUGGUAUCAUCUUUCAUCUCUGAUGUGUUUGAGGAUGGGGUCCUAUCGAUAAGAGGGAGAGAGAACACCCUCGCCUCCACCAUCUCCGUUCUCAGCAUCAUGGUUCUAAGGUCGAGGAACGUUAGCAGACAUCUGGUAGAAAAAGAAAGUAGAACAAUCAAACAACUUGCUGAUAUGCUCUAUGUCAUCCACCGCAAAGAGGCAUCGUCGUCACGGAAACCGUCCACGGAGGAGGAGCAUCCGUCCCCUCCAAACAGUGAACAAAAAGUGAAUGCAUCAACCAAUGAACUGGAACAGAAGAUUAAUGCCAAAACUCAAGAUGAAGGAGGUGACGGUAUGACGCAUGGAGACGGUUGUCAUGGAGAUAGGAGUAACGAAGAGGAUGACGAUGAGGAGAGAGUUUGGUUAACGGAGCUCCUGAAAGACCAGCUCAUUGAUUUCUUCUGUGCCACUCUACAGGUUGCAAAGAAGGACAAAGACCUCCAGGACAAACUCCGUCAGUGUGGGAGCAAAAGACUUCAGGCCGUAGAAGACUGUCUUCCUGAUGACAGAAACGAUCUCCUAGACCUGAUGCAAGGCAUUCAGGGAAAGACAUGAGCCAUUGCAUCUGUUUCAAGCAUGGUUACAAAGACUGAAAGAAAACUGUCAGGGAAAUUCAACGAUUCUCAACCUUCACAACUGGUGAAGAUGGCCAGCAUUUAUUCAUGUCCAAUCAUCCUGGUGCUAGCGGGAAAUUCUUGAUGCAAGACAUUAAUUGAAGACUAAUGUUCUCUUGUGGUUGAUUCGCCUUGUUGCCAGUCGAAAUGACGGGGAUUUAAUGUAGGAUCCCGGGGGGUCACUCUCCACAUGGCUUGCUACGCACGCGUGUCCAGAAAAAGCGUUGAAAAGGGUCCCGUUUCAGGUACUAGGGUGGCGUUGACGUCUUUGGCAAAAAGGGUUGCAUUUCAGCACCAUUUGCUCGUAAAUCGCCGAUAAGGGUAGCCUUUUCUUUCUCUGUUUACGUCGUUUAGGGUUGCUAAUUUGGUUAUGAAAAUUACACCAUUUAGGGGUGCAAAUUUGGGCAGAUUUGAGGAGACCCAGGAGCAGGCAUAAACACCAUGAAAGGCGAUUUUAAGGGAUACAAAAUAAUCCUCCCACACGCUGGCGUGGCCAGCGCAGCACUUAGUUCUAGAUAGUCUCUUACACCUGGCUCUAUACUAGGCAGCACGCGUUACCCACACGCCCACAACAUCAAUCAAUUUUUAUGUUUACGCCACUUAGGGUAUCAAAUUAGGAGAUUUCCCUGUUCACGCCACUUAGGGUGGCUUUUCUCAUGGGUUACGCCGUUUAGGGUUGCAAAUUUAGUUAAUGUAGUUACGCCGUUUAGGGUGCAUUUGUGAGGUUGUCGGACACGGGUGGAGAGUGACCCCACGGGUGUAGGAUAUCCAAUGAUAGCCAUGAGCAAAUUCAUAUGUAUGAAGCAUGGUAACCAAGACUUGAAGGAAAACUGUGAGGGAAAGACAUGAGCCACUGCAUCUGUUUCACGCAUGAUUACAAAGACUGAAAGAAAACUGUCAGGGAAAUUCAUGAGCUAUUUUUCGUCUGAAUCAAUGCGACACAAAAUGUUGAAGACAUUCAUACUUUAUUCAUGUCCACUCAGUUUGUUGUUAGUUGAAAUUUCUCGAUGCAAAUACAUACAGGAAUGGUUCUCAAGCCACACAAACCUUGAAGUGUACAGUGAUGUCCUCUUGUGGUCAAUCGCCUUGUUGCCAGUCGAAAUGGUGUUGGAUGGCAUGGCAUUCGACUAAAUGAAGGUAGACCAUGUGAUGAGUGAAACGAGUUGACAAUAGGCGAAUUGGACAUUUACCACUCUAUGUUGUAAAGCGCCAUGUUGUAUGUGAAAUUGACUUGAGGGAUAACUUUCAGGGAAAAACUUGAGGCAAUGGAUCUUCAUAUAGAGCAAGUCGUAAAAAUAGUGUCUUCCAGUUAAGAGGAGCAUUGGAUCUAUGUAACAGGAAGACAGUAAUCCCUUUACCUCCAUGAACGUCUUCCUGUAAAUAGAAACAACUCCUGGAUUUAAUGGAAGAUACUCAAGAACAAACGAGCACGAGGGAUAUGAUUUCUGCAAACAGGUCACACAAACAACAGUUGUACUUGAAUGUUUUCAUUCUGGAGGUGUAAUCAAGAGCUAGCUUAUUGCUAAGUUACUCAAAUCUUUAACGCUACUUAAAGUCUGAUUGGAAUAUGGAAUGCGAAAUCGGUCUCACACUUAUUUUAUUGCAUUUGAUUGAUAUCAAACAGUUUGCUUGAUACCUUUCAUUCUGUAGAGUAAAUUAUAAUUUUUGCCAAAAUUUGAAUCAAAUAAAAUGAAACACUUCAUUGAAACAUGUUAAAAUCAAUCUGGCAUUGCAUUUUCCAAAACUGUUCUUUGUUUGAAUGUAUAAUAACAUGUAAUGUGACAAACCAACAAGGACAUCAUUUUUUUUACAGGACAUCGAUCCAAUUUGUAUAGAAUAUUUUUUAAAUAAAAUGGAUAACAAAGUUA